ACAAAGGCUUCUAAUUAAUGCCAAGCGACAACCUUUAGCUAGCUGAAGCAAACAGCUAGAAUCUACAUGUACGUUCCUACAGGAGAGGCCCCACUGACAACUCCACACUUUUGAAGAGAAUCCCCGUGCAUCUACAGAUAUCCUUGCUGGCAUAGGCAUAAUACCAUGGCUGGUCGUUUUUUUGUAAGACAAAGGGCUUCCAACCUCUGGAGAGCAUAUACUGGUAGACGUUUGCUCUCUGCCUCAUCGGCAUGGUCACAAGCGUACAACCAUGUUCGGUGUGAAAUCAAAGAUGGCGUUGCUGUGGUUAGACUCGACACCCCAGGUUCAAAGGUGAAUGUACUUUCUGAAGAGUUUUCUAAAGAACUUAUUGAGGUUAUGGAAGGAGUUCUAGCCAACAAUGAUGCCAAAGCAGCUGUGCUCAUCUCUUCUAAGCCAGGAUGCUUCAUAGCUGGUGCUGACAUAACGUGGCUAGACUCUGCCCAGUCCAAGGAAGAAUUGCGAGCUAUCUCCAUGAAUGGGCAGUCUAUGAUGCAAAAGCUGGAGAGCAGCAAAAAACCUGUUGUGGCUGCCAUCAAUGGAUCCUGUCUUGGAGGAGGUUUGGAGGUUGCUCUUGGUUGUCACUACCGCAUUGCUACCCGUCACCCUAAGACGUUAGUGGGACUGCCUGAGGUGAUGUUAGGUCUGCUGCCGGGGGCAGGAGGGACUCAGAGGCUACCCAGAUUGAUUGGUCUGCCUGAUGCCCUGGACAUAGCACUUACUGGUAAAAAUGUUAGAGCUGAAAAGGCCAAGAAACUAGGCUUGGUGGACCAGCUGGUGGAUCCUCUGGGACCAGGCAUCAAAUCACCAGAAGAGAGAACCAUAGAAUAUUUGGAGGAAAUCGCAGUGCAGCAAGCAAGGAAGCUUGCCACAGGAGCAGCCUCUCUACCAAGCAGGGAGCAAAAGUGGACAAACAUGAAGGGGCUGCGCUACAACCUAACCACCAAUCAAAAGCAUGUUCGUAACUACGUGUUUGGGCAAGCCAAAAAGAUGGUUAUGAAACAGACAAAUGGACUCUAUCCUGCACCUCUCAAAAUCAUGGAGGUAGUCCGUAAGGGGCUUGAAGAAGGGCCCGUGGCUGGAUAUGAGGCUGAAGCGGAUGGUUUUGCUGAGCUCGGCAUGACUAGCGAGUCCAAGGCUCUGAAGUCCCUUUUCUUUGGAAGGACUGAGUGCACCAAGAACAAGUUUGGAAAGCCUGCGAGCCCCCCAAAAAAUCUAGCAGUACUGGGAGCAGGGCUCAUGGGAGCUGGCAUAGUGCAAGUCAGUCUUCAGAAGGGCUACAAUGUGAUAAUGAAGGAUACACUUGAGCCAGGGCUGGCAAAUGGAUACCAAUAUGUUCACAAAGGCUUGAGUACUCGUGUGAAGAAACGUGCUAUGACCAGCUUCGAGAGGGACAGAACAUUGUCCAACAUGAGUACACAGCUGGACUAUAAGGAUUUCUCCAAGGUGGACAUGGUGAUUGAGGCUGUGUUUGAGGAUAUUACCAUUAAACACAAGGUCCUGCAAGAAGUUGAGGCUGUCACGUCUGAUAACUGUGUCUUUGCUUCAAACACCUCAGCACUACCCAUAACGAAAAUUGCUGAAGCCAGCAAGAGACCUUCACAGGUGGUUGGGAUGCACUACUUCUCUCCAGUGGAGAAGAUGCCACUCUUGGAGAUCAUCACUACAGAACAAACCUCUAGAGAAACUGCAGCUGCUGCAGUAGACGUUGGACUGAAGCAAGGCAAGGUUGUGAUUGUGGUCAAGGAUGGACCAGGCUUCUAUACCACAAGAAUCCUAGCCCCAAUGCUAGCGGAGUGUAUCAGACUGCUCCAGGAGGGACUCGGACCACAAAACUUGGACAAGUAUACAAAAGCAUUUGGAUUCCCUGUUGGCAUGGCAACACUGGCAGAUGAAGUGGGCCUGGACGUUGCUACACAUGUUGCUGAGGACCUGAACAAAGUCCUGGGGAUUAGAGUCGGAGGAGCUGACAUUGGAGUCCUUAAGGAAAUGGUCAACAAUGGGUUCCUAGGUCGAAAAAGUGGAAAGGGGUGCUAUGUAUACUCUGGACAGAAGGGAAAAGGAAAGAGUGUCAAUACAGAGGCUCAGAAAAUUAUAGAAAAAUAUCGUCUUCCUAUCAAUGGAAGUCAUGAUCCAGAGGAGGUGCAGUUCAGGCUUGUCUCGCGGUUUGUUAACGAAGCAAUCUGGUGUUACCAGGAUGGCAUACUGAACACUGCAGUUGAGGGAGACAUAGGAGCUGUGUUUGGUCUCGGGUUCCCACCAUUUCAUGGCGGUCCAUUCCGUUUUGUGGAUGCUUUUGGAGCUCAGAAAUUGCUAGACAAGAUCAACUACUUUAGAGACACCUAUGGGGAGCACUUUGAACCUGCUCCACUUCUUGUUGAUUAUGCUAAGGACCCCACAAAGAAGUUUCAUCCAAAAUAGAUCGAUAGCUGUAAUAUUAUAUAUAUAGUCAUGUUACAUGCACAUGUAUUACUAUAGCUAUGCUAUUAUAGGAAUAUUUCAUGAAAAAGUGAUGCCAAUAAUUAUUAUGGCGAUGAGG